AUGGGUGGAGGUGGAAAGAUCCCGUACCCCAAGGAAGUCUGGUCACCGGCUGGUGGUUGGUACGCCCAGCCUGCCAACUGGAAGGCCAACACUGCCAUCAUGGGCGCCUUCAUGAUUGGUGUAGCUGCCAUCGCCUUCGGCAUCAGCGCCGACCGCGAGUACCGCGACAAGAUGCCCGAGCCGGGUCGCUUCUUCCCUAGCCGAUACUGGAGUCGCCAGAUUCGAGAACAUGAGAAGCAGCAGACCGCAAACCAGUCAUAG